CAAACCAAGUUCUUCGUCGGUCGUCUCUCACACCUCCAAAAAGUGAAAACACACACACAACACGCGAUAUUUCUCUCCUUUUCUUCUGCUCCUUCUCCUCCACAGUGUAUAUAUAAUUUCACCGAUUCAACAUUCAUGUAAGGUCUAUGCAAUUCAACAUUCAUGUAAGAUUUUAUGAGUUAGUUUUGAUUUUUAUUUUUAUGUUGACGAUUUUCUGCUGAAUCUGAGCCGUUGAAUUCGACGAUUCAACCACCAAUGCUACUCAGAUCUCUUCAAUUUAGUCCGUCCUAGUAGAUCCGUGCAGGAUUCUCAGUAAAAUCGCCGUAGAAAUUCUUCGAUAUUCGAUAGGAUCUGGGGAUUGUAUAAUUUUCGAGGUUUUGUGAAUUGAAUUUGGUUGAAGAUGGUGGCGGCGAAAUCCCAGGGGCGGCUGUUCACGAUCGGGCUGGUGGCCUCGUGGUACUCGUCGAACAUUGGGGUUUUGCUGCUGAACAAGUAUUUGCUGAGCAAUUAUGGAUUCAAGUACCCGAUUUUCCUGACGAUGUGCCACAUGACGGCGUGCUCGUUGCUCAGCUACAUCGCGAUCGCGUGGAUGAAGAUGGUGCCGAUGCAGACGAUAAGAUCUAGGGUUCAGUUCAUGAAGAUCUCGGCGCUCAGCUUGAUUUUCUGCGCUUCGGUUGUCAGCGGCAACAUCUCGCUCAAGUACUUGCCGGUGAGCUUCAAUCAGGCGAUUGGCGCCACCACGCCUUUUUUCACUGCGGUGUUCGCCUACUUGAUGACGCUCAAGAGGGAAGCGUGGUUGACUUAUUUAACGUUGGUUCCUGUUGUUACUGGAGUUGUCAUCGCCAGUGGGGGUGAACCUAGUUUCCAUUUAUUCGGGUUUAUCAUGUGUAUUGGUGCAACAGCUGCGAGGGCUCUCAAGUCAGUGGUUCAGGGUAUUUUGCUUUCUUCUGAAGGGGAAAAACUGAAUUCAAUGAAUCUGCUCCUCUACAUGGCUCCUAUAGCUGUAGUAUUUCUACUUCCUGUAACACUCCUCAUGGAAGAAAAUGUUGUUGGUAUCACAUUGGCCCUAGCAAGAGAGGAUAUCAAAAUCAUAUGGUUAUUGCUGUUCAAUUCUGCACUUGCAUAUUUUGUGAAUUUGACCAAUUUCCUGGUCACGAAGCACACCAGUGCCCUCACUCUUCAGGUCCUCGGAAAUGCUAAAGGGGCAGUGGCAGUUGUAGUCUCCAUAUUAAUUUUCAAGAACCCCGUCUCUGUGACUGGAAUGCUUGGAUAUUCGUUGACAGUAUUGGGCGUUAUCCUGUACAGUGAAGCCAAGAAGCGUACUAAAUGAAGGAACACGUUGAGUCUUUGAGCCAUAACCGUCUAUGUUUUGAUAUGAAAAGGUGAUACCGUUGAUUACUGAUGCUGUGCUUCGGGCGUAUGAAAUUUUGGCCAGGAAGGCGCGGGUGGGUGAAGGCUCCAAACACCUCAUUAGCUGUGUAGGAGUUUUUAUUGCAUUCAAUCUCGGUUACUAAAUCAGAUCCUUUUUUUUAAUCACUCUAUUCUUUCCUCAACUCAGACACUAUAUGUUAUUAUAAUUCUUUUUACAUCAAUCAAUUAGUGAAAAGAAAUUAAA